AUGCCGCUAGUCCAGGAACCCAGGAGCCGAGAAGUCACCAGCGUGGGGGGCCAGCUGGGAUGCUUCGAUCUCUUCUGCGAAGGUGAUCCCAGCACCGUAGAGGAGCAAUACCAGAUGGUAUGGAAGGGUGAGGGCCAGGGCUCCUACGCCGCGGCCUCCUACAAGGAGUUUGAGAAGGGAGGCUGGGAGAAAGAAGUCGUCAGUCGGAAACACCUCUCUUAUCGACCGCGCCAGUGCUGCCUUUGCAUGACGGCCCUCGUGCUUUUGGCAGCCUUGGGCUACUUGCUGUUCUACCUGCUACACCUGCGGCAUGAUACGCCGCAUCACUCAGAAGGGUCAGGUGUCCAUCAUGGGAAUGUCGCACCCUCGAUUGAUUGCGACACAGGGUACGAAAACUUCGCGCAGAUGUGGGAUGAAGACAAAAAAGCCAUCUGUUGCGACUUGUACGGCCGAGCAUGCAACUACCACCCGCCACCUGCGUACCAUCCUCACUACCCACCUCCUCAUCCCCCGCAGCAGUACACCGAGUACAACUGUCAAGCCGGGUACUCGAACUGGUACUUUGGAUGGUCGAAGCACAAGAAGGCGUGGUGCUGCCACCACGAGCAUCGCGGCUGCCCCGGAACCUGGCAUGGCAGCUACCACCUGCACAUGCACGUGAUGCACGGCGUCGGCCAUGCUCACGGGCGCAUCUACGACUGCGCGGCCGGAUUCUCCAACUGGAUGCAAGGUUGGUCCGACUCCAAGAAGGACUGGUGCUGCAGCCACGAGCACAAGGGCUGCGUCAAGUACCACUGCAAUGGGCAUGCUGGUUUUUGGAGCGCCUCUAAAUCAGACUGGUGCUGCGCCCACUUUCAGAAGGGCUGCCCCGAAACGACGCUCUCGCCGCUCAAAUGCGAGACACCGUGCACGCUCAAAGGUGAGACGUCGUCAUGUCUCGAACGUAUCAAGUGGACUGCCGACAACGUGUUUGGAUCCAAGGACAACAAGUGCGCACUGGCCUACAGCAAGGUCCAGGUGGAGUGCGACGUGUGCCGAUCCUGCACCAUCCAGGAUGCGGGCUGCGGCACUCCGCAAGGCGGGGGCUCGCUCCCCUUCGACUGCGAUGCAGCCCUCAACAACUUCUUCCGAGCCUGGUCUCCAGAGAAGAAGCACUGGUGCUGCACCAAGCAGGGCAAAGGCUGCGAGGGCGAGAGCCCCCCCAGCGUGGAUGCGGGCUACGGCAUGGUCUGGAAGCACGUCAAGGUGAAUGGCUACUGGACGUGGGUGGCCGUGCAUGGGCACGGCCAUUUCAGCUUGCCCUACGACUGCCAUGCCGGCCUCGCCAACUGGCACUCUGGCUGGUCUGCGGGCAAGAAGGGCUGGUGCUGUGCCCACGAGCACACGGGCUGUGAGGGAGCUGGAGGAGGUGGAGGUGGUGGAGGAGGCACACACAUCAUUCACGUGAUCCACCAUGUUCAUGGUGGUGGGGGCUACUACAGCCACGCGCAUCCUCCUGGUCCUGCGGGUUCUGGGAUGAUGUGGCAUUGGACUAUGGCUGGAGGCCAGGGGCACUGGAUCCAAUCCCACGCUUCGGGAAGCCUCCCCUUUGACUGCUUCGCGGGCCAUGCAAACUGGCGCACGGGGUGGUCUCCGGCCAAGAAGGAACGCAGCCAAAGUCGUGUGGUUGCCAAAGAGGGCCAUGAGGGCCUGGGAUGCAUGGAUCUCUUCUGUGAAGGCUUGUGGGCCUCUUCGGGGACAACCAUGUCGGCCAUGUUCUACUGUGAUCCUGCCUACCUCCAGGAGCAAUACCAAAUGGUUUGGAAAGGCCAAGGUGAAUGGGAGAAAGUGGUUGUGAACCAGCAGUACAUGUCUUACCGCCCCAAAGUGUGCUGCAUGUGCUUGCUGGCGCUGAUUCUGUUGGCCGUACUGGGCUAUUUGCUGUUCUACCUCUUGCACAUUCAGGCGACAGUGGGAGCCGAUGAGAUCAGUCAGACAGGGUCGGCACGAGAUGCGAUAGAUUGCGAUACCGGGUAUUACAACUUCGAUCAGCUCUGGAAUGAAGACAAGAAGGCCAUUUGCUGCGACCUUUACGGCCGAGCAUGCCCCCAUGCAGUUUACCAGCACUACCCACACUACCCACCUCCUCAUCCCCCGCAGCAGUACACCGAGUACAACUGUCAAGCCGGGUACUCGAACUGGUACUUUGGAUGGUCGAAGCACAAGAAGGCGUGGUGCUGCCACCACGAGCAUCGCGGCUGCCCCGGAACCUGGCAUGGCAGCUACCACCUGCACAUGCACGUGAUGCACGGCGUCGGCCAUGCUCACGGGCGCAUCUACGACUGCGCGGCCGGAUUCUCCAACUGGAUGCAAGGUUGGUCCGACUCCAAGAAGGACUGGUGCUGCAGCCACGAGCACAAGGGCUGCGUCAAGUACCACUGCAAUGGGCAUGUGCCUUGGAGACCGUUAAGUUAUGCCGAGAAGAGAGCAGAGCUAUCAACCAAGAGGUGCUGCGCCCACUUUCAGAAGGGCUGCCCCGAAACGACGCUCUCGCCGCUCAAAUGCGAGACACCGUGCACGCUCAAAGGUGAGACGUCGUCAUGUCUCGAACGUAUCAAGUGGACUGCCGACAACGUGUUUGGAUCCAAGGACAACAAGUGCGCACUGGCCUACAGCAAGGUCCAGGUGGAGUGCGACGUGUGCCGAUCCUGCACCAUCCAGGAUGCGGGCUGCGGCACUCCGCAAGGCGGGGGCUCGCUCCCCUUCGACUGCGAUGCAGCCCUCAACAACUUCUUCCGAGCCGCCUGGCCUGCUGGAGUUGUGUUGCUGGUACGUUGCGUUGUUGCAGACCUGUUGCAGAGCUGUGGUUCGGUGGUGCCCAUAGUGCCUUUCGUGGUUGAGGCCUGGUCUCCAGAGAAGAAGCACUGGUGCUGCACCAAGCAGGGCAAAGGCUGCGAGGGCGAGAGCCCCCCCAGCGUGGAUGCGGGCUACGGCAUGGUCUGGAAGCACGUCAAGGUGAAUGGCUACUGGACGUGGGUGGCCGUGCAUGGGCACGGCCAUUUCAGCUUGCCCUACGACUGCCAUGCCGGCCUCGCCAACUGGCACUCUGGCUGGUCUGCGGGCAAGAAGGGCUGGUGCUGCAGCCACCAGCACUUGGGCUGCGCGCCCCCUGGCGGAGCAGGGGGCGGCGGAGGCGGAGGAAGCGUCCACGUCAUCCACGUGAUCCACCACGGCGGGGGCGGCGGGGGCGGCUACCACAAUCACGCGCACCCGCCGUUCGCCGCGGGCCACGGCCAGAUGUGGCACUGGAGCAUGGCUGGAGGUGGACACUGGGUGCAAGUUGGCAUGCAAGGGCACCUGCCCUUCGACUGCCUGGCCGGCGUCUCCAACUGGCGCGCAGGCUGGUCACAGCCCAAGAAGGAAUUCUGCUGCCAUAACUUCGGCAACUCCUGCGCCUGA